AUGAGCGAUCUGAAACGCGCCAUCGAAGCAGUGCCUAUAGACACUGAUGAAGAAUCAGAUUCGUCCACAGAGGAAGACCAGCCAACGUAUUUUCAGCUGGAAAGCACAGAGAAUGCAGAAAUCUCACCUGCGAAGUCCUCCUUCCACCUCGGCCUCGACUCAUGCGGCUUCCCAAUCUGUGGAGAUUCACAGCGUCAUGGGCCUGAGCCAGAGGUAGAACGUUGGCCCCCCGAAAACGUGAAGCAUCGGCGUGUAAUAUAUACGCACCUGCGACAAGAUUACCUGGACCACCGCAUGCAUGUCCUUGAAGAUCGACUGAACGAUAACUCGGUCCAACCUACUGAGACAUGGCCUUAUCACUGGCGCCAGUACGAGCACUUGCAAUAUUUGCCCUACGAUCAGUGGACCGUCGAUCAGAAGGAUGCUUUCACCUUAAUUGGUGCCUGGUUUUUUUGGCAGAAGUACAAGCUGAAUACUCCCGAAACAGAGUGCCUGCGUAUCCAAGACGCAGUCGCCGCGCUGUUGCUCGACAACAAGAUUAUCAGUGCCCGAGACGUGGACUAUCCGAACAAAGACGCUGAGAGGAGAUGGCUUCGCGAUGAAAUGCGGUACCUCGCCGUAUUAGCUGCGCGUCGGCUCUCUACCGCUCUCGAAAGACUAAAAAAGAUACAGCAGAGCGUCGACGCUGUUGCUGAGGCUGCUGCGAGCUUAGUUAAGGACCCCAGGGACGUUGACCUAGACCGUGGUGGGGUGGAACUCGAUAUCGCGAAUUUUUGA